AUGACUACGGUUAGACGGAUUGUUAACAAGGCACGCGAUGCAUCGAGAUUGUUUAUAAAGGAUCUAACACAUCUCAGACGAUCAAAUAGUUUCAUUUCCUCAACAACAUACCGCAACAGAGAGAGCAAAAUGAAGAUGAAGCAAGAGAUUCUGGAACAGCCAGCUGGUGAAAUGUGGAAAAAUAUCCGCGUGGAGCUAAAAGAAGAUGUUAACACAAGAGACAGGGAUGUAGCUGCUAUUAGAGAAUGGCUAAACAGGCAACCACACCUGCCUAAUGACUGGGAUACUGCACCAAUUAUGACAUUCCUACGGGGCAGUAGUUUUUCCCUGGAAAAGUGUAAAAAGAAAUUGGACAUGUAUUUCACUAUGCGAGCUGCUUGUCCCGAGUUCUUCUCCAAGAGAGAUGCUACGAGACCUGAGCUAGACGACAUCAUGACCAAUAAGAUUCAAGGACCUCCACUACCAGGCAUAACACCGAAUGGCAGAAGAGUCACAAUAUGCAGAGGAAUUCAUCCUGACCUCAACGCUCAGCAGAUUACAGACACCCUGAAACUGGCACUUAUGAUCGGCGAUGUAAGGCUUACAGAAGAAAAAGAAGGAGUGGCUGGAGACAUUUAUGUAUUAGAUGCAGCUAUUCUUGGGCCCAGCUUGUUGGCUAAGCUGUCUGCCGCUACGAUUAAGAAAUUUAUGAUUUGUAUUCAGGAGGCUUAUCCUAUUAAACUCAAGGAGGUACACAUUGUGAACACAUCGCCGCUUGUGGAACGAUUCGUCAACUUUGUCAAACCUUUCCUGAAGGAGAAAAUAAGGAAACGAAUCUUCAUCCACAAGGACGUAAAAGACCUAUACAAGUUUAUUCCCCAAGACAUGUUGCCCACAGAGUACGGUGGUCAGUGUGGCACCAUGGCACAGUUACAAGAGCAAUGGAAACUGAAACUCCAAGAAUACCGCGAGUGGUUCAAGAAACAGGAUGCUAUUAUGGCGAAUGAGUCCCUACGGCCUGGCAAACCCACAAACUAUGAUGAACUAUUCGGUAUCGACGGUUCCUUUAGACAACUUUCCAUUGAUUGA